AUGCUGCCAGUUCUCAGCCUGCUUAGUCUCGCUGCCAUCCUACUUUAUUUCUGGGGUCGCAAUUGUUCACUGCCCAAACGAAUCACACUAGACGCAUUCCUGGUGAAACCGAAUAUGACACAAAAUGCGUGGCAUGCGUUGCCAAAUCUACGACAACUCCAGUGGCCCAAACCUCCGUGUGCAAAGUCCCCCACCGGUCGGAAAUAUCGAAACGGAACUGUCUAUCCCCUACCCCCUGCGUUUCUCCCGGUGAUGAGUUGUGGUCAACGAGCAUUGUCAAAACGCAUGCUCAAACGAUUCUCUGAUCUGAUGUUCGAAAACGGUCUGGGUGAUCGAUUCAUUCUGAACGCAGGCACACUGGUCGGAUCGUUUCAACAUCAUGAUUUUGUGCCUUGGGAUGACGAUGUCGACGUGUUAGUCGAUCUGGGUGUGCGUACCAAAGUACGUGAACUCCUACAGACCCUGGAACCGGAAUUCAAAUCAAUCGCACAUCCACGACAUGAUAAAAUAUUUGCACCGAUUAUAGACGAGCGACUAAAUGAUUUCGAUGUGCAACGAAGCCGUAAAACAUCCCGGUUAGCUUGGGGCUGGCCGUUUCUCGAUAUUGGAUAUUUUGAAUCAAAUGCGACACAUCUGUGGGAUCAGACAAAUCGCAAUCAACCGAGUAAAAUCCUAGCGAAACUGAUCGUGUUCCCGCUCAUGUUUCGACCACUCGGUCUGGACUGGUAUCCGACCCCGUACGACACACUGGGCUUUAUACGCAAAGUGUACGGUAAAACCGGUGGCUGUUCCAUGUUCGGCUAUUCACACGUCCUAGAAGGUCGAGGUCCACGGGGUCACGUGUCCUGUUGGAAUCUUGGUAGACGAUACGCAUUUGUCCAGCGCACGUUGGCUCCACCCGGUCAAUACGAAUUCGUGGAUUCUCACUUGAAUGAAGUGUUCACAGUCGGUGAGGAAAUUCUAUUCUACCGUUCACGGAAAGGUCCACUGAUUGUGCACAAAAUUCCCAUACCCACCUUUCUGAACUACACCGAUGUGAACGCUUAUGCAUUUGGGGAUGAGGAUUUGGCAUGA